AAAAGAAAAGACCGCAAAAAAAUAUUUUUUAUUUUUUUUUACACAGAUAAAAACUCCCCUUGCCUUUUGCCUUUAGAGACAAAAAAAAAAGCGGACCUCCAAAUACUCGAGUAAAAAAAUUUUCUCGUUAAGCAGACAUUAAAAUGAUCCAAAUUUGGUUUAAAACAUGGUUACUGUUUUUUUUUCUUCUCUGUCUGACCUUGAAUAUUGACUUUUUUUUAUUAAUUUCUCAUGUUACGCUUUUAAUACAACUUGCCAAUAACACAGACAUUUUCAAGGGGUUUGGGGAAAGAGAAGGGGUUGGGGAUGCCCGCUGCAAGAAAAAACAAAAAGACAAAAAAAAAAAGGAGGCGGAGAUGGAAUAAUUAAUUUAUUUCUUUUUCAUUGGUGUUGUUUUACAAGAGUUUUUUUUUUUUUAAACACG